AUGCACGCGGCGUGGAUUCUCAGUGCAUUGCUCGUGUUAGUGGCUGCCGUUGUGCAAGCCUCGAAUGUAUUGGAUUUGACCGAUACGAAGGCAUAUGAUGCCGUUGUAGGCCAAUCAAUUGGUGUCAUGGUCGAGUUCUUUGCGCCUUGGUGUGGACACUGCAAGCGUCUUGCUCCUGAGUACGAAAAGCUUGCGGAUGCGUUUGCCACCAAGAAGAACAAAGUACUUAUCGCCAAGGUCGAUGCAGACGCAAACCGCGAGCUCGGUGAGCGCAUCAAUCUGAAGGGUUUCCCGACGCUGAUGUACUUCCCACCAAACUCGCAAGAGGGCGUACCAUACUCGGGUGCUCGGACGACGGAGGCACUUGCCGAGUUCGUGACCGAGCAGUCGCAGGUACGCAGCAGCCUCGAGCCACCGCGUCCGCCUGCGGCACUUGAACUGGAUGUAGACUCUUUCGAUCGUGUGGUGAUGGAUCCUGAGCUAGAUGUGCUCGUUGAAUUCUAUGCGCCCUGGUGUGGACACUGUAAGCGUCUGGAACCAGUCUAUGAGGAGGUCGCACGCACACUAGAGCGUGACGACCAGUGCCAGAUGGUGAAGGUCAAUGUCGAUGACCCGAAGAAUGCGGAGUUGAAGAAGCGCUUCCAGGUUUCGAGCUUCCCGACGCUGAAGUUCUUCCCUUCAGGCUCCGAUGACAAGUGGCCUCGCCCAUACCUUAAGGAGCGCACGGCCGACGAUCUGCUUGCCUUUAUGAAUGAGAAGUGCGGCACGUUCCGUACCAAGGAAGGCACUCUGACGCAGUUUGCUGGUCGUAUGCCCGCUCUCGAUGGUCUCGCAGCCCGCUUCUAUGCGGCUGCAGAUGCGACGCGCGAAUCGAUUCACCAAGAGGUCGCCAAAUACGUCGAAGGCAUGAAGGGUGCUGUUUCUUCGAAGCGCAAGGCAUCUGCUGGCGACUACUACCUGCGCGUGAUGGACCGCAUUACUCGCGAUGGCACUGAAUAUGUCCAGCGCGAGAGUGACCGUCUUUCCAAGAUACUUGCCAAGAGUGCAGAGGGUCUUACGGCACUGACGGGCCACAAGAUUGAUGAUAUUACGCGCAAGAUCAAUGUCCUUUCGGCCUUUAUGAAUGAGCGUAUUGCCAACGCGGCCGAGAAAGCCACACAGGCUGCCGCGUCGGCCAGUUCUGAGGCAGAGGAGACUGCCAGCUCAGUGCAUGACGAACUAUAA